GUGGAUGGACUGCAAGGAGGCGGGCCGUCUGAGUGUUGAGGCGGUGCGUAACAAUGAAUUGAAAAUAAAACCUGAGAACCACGUUGCGACUUGGGAGUACUGGUUGACGAAUGUGCAGGAUUGGUGUAUAUCGAGACAGCUAUGGUGGGGCCACAGAAUUCCAGCAUAUAAAGUGAUUGAGCCGGUAAUACCGGCAGAGAAAUGUAAUAUGUCUGGGGAGGCGUGGGUGGCUGCUCGUAGCGAAGAAGAAGCGAAGGAAGUUGCAUGCAAAAUGUUUCAAUUGAAUGAUAAAAACAAAGUUAAACUGCAGCAAGACGAAGAUGUUCUGGAUACUUGGUUCUCUUCCGGCCUAUUUCCCUUCAGUGUCUUCGGUUGGCCAGAAGAAACCGAAGAAUUUAAAGCAUAUUUCCCUACUACUCUCUUAGAAACAGGCCACGAUAUCUUGUUCUUCUGGGUCGCGCGUAUGGUGAUGCUUUCGCUGUUGCUGACGAAUAAACUGCCGUUUAAUACGGUGUUUCUGCAUCCAAUGAUUCGUGAUUCUCAGGGCCAGAAGAUGUCUAAGUCGAAAGGAAAUGUGAUUGAUCCUUUGGAGGUAAUUAACGGCAUAUCUCUUGAGGGUCUAAUAGCGAAGUUGCAUGCAGGAAAUCUGCAGCCAAAGGAGAUAAAGAGAUCAGAAACCGUAUUAAAAAAAGAAUUCAAAGAUGGUAUUCCCGCCUGUGGAUGCGAUGCUCUUCGUCUGGGUUUAAUAGCCUAUAUGAGGCAAGGAAGAAAUAUUAAUUUAGAUUUAAACCGUGUUAUAGGAUACAGACAGUUUGCAAAUAAGAUAUGGAAUUGUACAAAGUUUGCUCUGGAUAAGUGGGCCCUUGAUAUUGACGGAAAGAAUACUCCUUUUAUACCCAAAGGCAUUCAGAUAAUUGCUGCAGCAAAUGAACAAAACCUCCUUUCUAAUGAAGCACACAACCCAUCACAGCGCCCCGUAGACUUCACAGAACUUAAAUGGGAAGACCAAUGGAUUCUUCACCGCCUCUCUGUCGCAUGCGAACGAGCGAAUAGUUCGUUUGAAGGAUUUGAAUUUGGCGACGUAGCGAACGCUAUUUACAACUUUUGGCUGUAUGAAUUAUGCGAUGUCUACUUAGAGGCAAUUAAACCCCGAGUGCAGCCUUUCAGCUCUUCUUCUUCUUGUGAAAAGGCAGGAGACACAGCAGCAGCAGCAGCAGCAGCAGCAGAACGCGUACGAGACGCACGUUGCGCUCAAGAGGUGCUGUACACAUGCAUAGACAGAGGGCUGCGGCUGCUGCACCCUCUCUGCCCCUUCAUCACUGAAGAACUUUAUCAAAGACUUCCAACCUCUAAAUUCAAAUCCGAGUCUAUCUGCAUCAGCGACUACCCUCAGCCCGUACUCGCGUGGACUAAUCCCACCCUAGACACGAGCAUGCAGCAGCAGCAGCAGAUAGUAACUCAUUUUCGCUCAUUGUUAGCUGCGUUAGAAAUUCCUCCGAAGGUAAAACCCAAGGGCUUCGUUUUGUUGAGAGAAGAAGCCCAGCAGCAAAUUGAAUUCUUAAUGAGUGUAGCACCUACUAUGGCGAUCCUGGCGAAGUUAAAAGAAAUAGUCAUCAUAACGAGCUGCCCGCCUAGCGGAUCUGUCUCUGAUGUUGUUUCUUCGCAAAUAACAAUUUAUUUGCAAAUUGGAGAAGGCGUUAAUAUCGCACAAACGCUGGAAAAACUACGAAAAAAACAAGCAAAUCUAGUCUCUAAGCUUGAAGGAUACAACAAGAAGAUCAACGAGCCUAACUUCGACAAAGCCCCAGAGGCAGUGCGCGUUGGGGCGUUGGAGAAGAAGAGUGAAAUAGAAAAAGAAUUGCAGCAGCUGGAGACAGCAAUUGCAGAUAUAGCGGCUUUGCUUUAA